CCCCUCCUCAAAGCGCCCGGGAUAGGAGGGCUCUGCCAGACCAGCGUCCCAAACUUCCCAAAGUCACUGGAGGAGUUCCUGAAGGAUUCUGGACGGCUCCUGGUGUUCGGCCGAGCGCUCAUGAACAACAGGCAGAUUGGGACAUGAGCACACCUGGUUUCCUCGUGCUCGUCGGGCUGCUGUGGCGGAGUUGUGGAGCUCAGCAGAGAGGUCUUUUCCCAGCUGUGCUGAACCUGGCCACUAUGGCAGAGAUCAAGACCAACGCCACGUGUGGAGAGACGGGACCAGAAAUGUACUGCAAACUAGUGGAGCACGUACCUGGACGGCCCGUGAACAACCCUCAGUGUAGGACCUGCAACCUGAAGAGUGAUUAUGAUUACGAGCGGCAUCCCAUCGAGUACGCUAUCGACGGCACUAACAGAUGGUGGCAGAGCCCGAGCAUCAUGAACGGGAUGGACUACCAUUACGUCACUGUGACUCUGGACCUGCAGCAGGUUUUCCAGAUCGCGUAUGUGAUUCUGAAGGCUGCAAACUCGCCUCGGCCUGGGAACUGGAUUCUGGAACGUUCUCUGGACGGCGAAACAUUCAUGCCGUGGCAGUAUUACGCUAUAACAGACACCGAGUGCCUCACACGCUUCAACAUCAACCCCAAAACAGGCCCGCCGUCCUACACGCAUGAUGAGGAGGUCAUCUGUACCUCCUUCUACUCGAAAAUACAUCCUCUGGAGAACGGCGAGAUUCACACCUCACUAAUAAACGGCCGUCCCAGUGCGGACGAUCCAUCGCCCAUGUUGCUCAACUUCACCUCGGCCCGCUAUAUCCGCCUGCAGUUCCAGAGGAUUCGCACCCUAAAUGCUGACCUCAUGACCCUCGAUGUCAAUGACCCCGGAGACAUCGACCGCAUCGUCAGCAGACGGUAUUACUACUCCAUUAAGGAUAUAUCAGUGGGAGGCAUGUGCAUCUGCUAUGGUCACGCUAAGGCCUGCCCUCUCAACACAGACACCAAGAAAUUUAGCUGUGAGUGUGAACACAACACUUGUGGGGAGAGCUGUGACCGCUGUUGCCCUGGUUACAACCAGAAACCCUGGAUGGCGGGAACCUUCCACACGCGCCACGUCUGUGAAAAGUGUAACUGCCACGGUAAAUCAGAGGAAUGUUAUUACAAUCAGACCGUGGCCGAUGCUAAGCUGAGUUUGAACAGUAAUGGAGCCUAUGAGGGGGGCGGAGUCUGCCUUGGUUGCUCUGACAACACAGGAGGAAUUAACUGUCAAUCAUGCGUAGACGGAUACUACAGACCAAGUGGGGUGCGUCCGGACGAGCGCUGGCCCUGCAGACCCUGCUCCUGUGACAUGAGAGGUUCACUUCACUCCGCGUGUGUUGCAGAUGAAAGUCAGGCCACCACAGAUUUGGCCGUGGGCUCGUGCAUCUGUAAGCAGGGCUACACAGGUGAAAAGUGUGACAAGUGUGCGUUCGGAUACACAGGAUUCCCCGUGUGUGAGCGAUGUGAAUGCAGUAGUGAGGGCAGCGUUAACCAGGAUCCCUGCCAGCUGCCCUGUGUGUGCAAGGAGAAUGUGGAGGGCCGUAACUGUGACCGCUGCAAACAGGGAUAUUAUCAUCUCCGUGGUGAAGACCGUCAACAUGGAUGCGAGAAGUGCUACUGUUAUGGGCUGGCCAGCUUGUGUACUGAAUCCCACUGGGACUACAGUAAUGUGAUGGAUAUGUCUGGAUGGUAUCUGACAGGAGCGGAUGGGGAGGGGCUUGUGUGGGCGGAGCCUAGCAGAGAGGCGGCCCACCAGGUCACCGUGAGCCAAUCAGAUGCUCAGACUCACCUGACAGCACCCUACUACUGGAGCGCCCCGUCUGCUUACCUGCACAAGAAACUCUUGGCCUAUGGAGGCAUGCUGGUGUAUACGGUCUCUUACGACUCCGAAAGCAAAGACGACAGCGCUCCUGAUGUCAUCAUAGAGGGCGGUGGGCUGAGACUGACGGCCAGGCCCGCGGGCUCUCGCUUCUCCUCAGCCGAGCGCAGGAUACACCUCCUGCCGGAGAGAUUCCAGCAUCACGCCUCAGGACUGGCCGUCAGCAAGAGAGACUUCCACAGCGUCCUGCACAGCGUCCAGCGUCUGCUCCUCAGGGCCUCGCACGCUCAGGAGCACAGCGCCAUCUACAGGUUGGGCAGUGUGAGCAUGAGUGUGGCGGAUGAAGAGUCCCGCAGCGGGUCACGGGCUCGUGCGGUGGAGGUGUGCCAGUGUCCCCCUGGAUAUGACGGGACGUCCUGUGAGAUGUGUGCGGUGGGCUACCGCAGGGUGGACGGAACGCUGUACCGCGGAGUGUGUGAGCUCUGUCAAUGCCACGGACAUGCGGAGCGCUGCGAUGACGUCACUGGACACUGCCUGGGCUGUAGGGAUCACACCAUAGGACCGAACUGUGAGCGCUGUGCUCCUGGUUAUUACGGAGACGCCAGCAGGGGAACAGCGGACGACUGUCGGCCGUGUGCAUGUCCUCUUCUGAGCCCUUCAAACAAUUUCAGUCCCACGUGCCACGUCGACGGCGGGGGUGAGGUGAUCUGCGAUCAGUGCCGGCCGGGUUACGCCGGAGCGCGCUGUGACAGAUGUGCUAAUGGAUAUUUCGGCCGUCCCGACGUUCCUGGGGGUUCCUGUCAGCCGUGUGUGUGUAACGGUAACCUGGACCGCACAGCGGCGCUCAGCUGCGACCCGGUGACCGGAGCCUGUCUGCGCUGCCGUGAGGGAUACGGAGGGUCGGACUGCGGGAGGUGUGCUGACGGAUACUUUGGAGAUGCCCUCGUGGCCAAGAAUUGCCAAGCGUGUCGGUGUCACAGUAACGGGUCGGUGUCGGAGGUGUGCCAUCAGGAGACCGGCCAGUGCCAGUGUCGACAACAUGUGCUCGGACGCCAGUGUGAGGAGUGUAUGCCGAACUGUUGGUGGGAUGGCGAGUCUCAGUUGUGUAUGCCGUGUCAGUGCAGCGCUCGGGGCUCGGUGUCCCAGCGCUGCGACUCUGAGGGCAGGUGCAUCUGCCGGGCCGGGCACGUGGGCCGCAGGUGUGACCUCGUACGCCCGGCUCACACCCGCAGGGAGACCCGGAGACCCGUGCAGCAGGUGCCCAUCAGACACAUCCAGAGAUGGGAGAGCAGAGGGGGCUGCCCUCGAGGGGCCUACCGCCCCAGCACAGGG